UAUUCAUGCGAGAGACAACUGGAAUACGUCAAAACGUCAAAGCUAGUUGAAAUUGAGAGUUUCUUCUUACAACUUAUCGACAUUUCCUACUUUGUACACACAAAGACUGCGUGCGUUGCUUUUGCAUUUCGUGUUUUUAUUUCUUCGUGGCUCGCUAACUAGCCUUACUUGUCGUUAAGUGUCAACUAAAACCUAUCAAUAUUUAUUUCCGCCUCGUCUUUAGAUGAGCUAACGCAUUAGCUUGGCUAACGCUGUGACGUCAGCGUUUGUUAUUGUGAGGUGGAGGUGGGCGUGGCGUGUGACGCCACUGUUUUAGCGUGCCAAGCUAACUUAGCACAGCUUGUUCAACUCAACUCAGGCUCGUUUUUACGUGUGGAAAUCCCGCCUCCUGACAACAUGACAACUGUUGCAUAGCAUGUCGACACCCGGCGUGAUUAACGGCGACUCGUGAUGUGCUGAGUCACUCAUCUUCAUUGUCGUCACUAAAGCAAAUACAGCAAGGAAAUGUCCGCCUCCGAGCCAGCGUCCGACCCGGACGCUUCGAGCCCGCCCGCCACCGUCAAGGAAGUCCUCGUAGCCACGACGACGGCGGAGUCCGAGGUCGAGGGCUCCUGCCCCCGGGCCGAUUGCGAGAAAGGGGUGGAGCCGACACCGGCGGAAAAUGGACCUGCGCAGAGUAGCGCUGAAGAAGAGAUGCCGGAAGGCGGGGUGAAAGAACCUGAAGUGGAUACCAUGGAGAGUUCUUCGGUGGCGACGGCAGACAAUUCGGAUGAUAUGCGAGAGUCCGGCGACCCCGUGUCCUUCUCCGUUCCCGAUCCGGACCUUUCCGAGGAGACGAUGAUGACAACGGCGGAAAGUCCGAAAGAGGCAGACGGCGUCUCGUCCUCGCCUCAAUCCGCUUCGGGUGCGGAAGAACGCGCGCCGGCCGAAGAGGCGCCCGGUUCGAAGGACGACGCGGUGGCAGGGAGCUCCAUUAUCACCGGAGACGCCGGGAUGGGCGCCAUGGCGCCGGAGUAUUACCUGGUCAAGUGGAUCACCUGGAAGGGCAAGAAGACGCCCAUUAUCACGCAGAGCGACAACGGACCCUGCCCUCUGCUGGCCAUCAUGAACAUCCUCUUCCUGCGCUGGAAGGCAAAGCUUCCCGCUCAGACUGAAGUUGUCACCACAGAGGAACUGAUGACUCACUUGGGCGAGUGUGUGCUGUCGGUGACGCCGAGAGAAAAGACGACCGGGAUGCAGCUCAACUUCCAACAGAACAUGAGCGACGCCAUGGCGGUGUUGCCCAAACUUUCGACGGGCCUCGACGUCAACGUCCGCUUCACGGGCGUCACGGACUUCGAGUACACGCCCGAGUGCAUCGUUUUCGACCUGCUGGACAUUCCGCUCUACCACGGCUGGCUGGUGGACCCCCAGAGUCCGGAGAUGGUGGCCGCCGUGGGGAAACUCAGUUACAACCAGCUGGUGGAGAAGAUCAUCGAAUACAAACACUCGACCGAUAGCGUUCAAGUCAGCGAAGGUCUGGCGGCGGAGCACUUCCUGGAGACGACGGCCACUCAGCUGUCCUAUCACGGUCUCUGCGAGCUCAACGCAGCGGCCAAAGAAGGAGAAACUUGCGUCUUCUUCCGGAACAAUCACUUCAAUACCAUGAUCAAACACAAGGGCCACCUGUACCUGCUGGUGACGGACCAGGGCUUCCUGUGCGAAGACGGUCUGGUGUGGGAGUCCCUGCACAACGUGGAAGGAGACGGAAACUUCUGCGACUCCAACUUUCGCCUGUGUCACCCUCCUCAGAGGCUGGCGGCGGCUUCCGGAGGCCUCUCGCCGCCCGGCGACCAAAAACAGCGCCGCCAGAUCGACCAGGACUACCUGGUGGCGGUCUCCUUGCAGCGGGAGAAUGGCAGAGAGCCCGCCGGGAACCUCAGCGACCUGGAGUUGGCUCGACAGCUGCAACAGGAAGAGUACCAACAACAGCAACAGGGUCCGCAGCAGGCAACCGCGCAGGUCAGAGGUCAAGGCUCGCAGCAGAGCACAGCCAGGAGAAGAGAAAAAGACUCCGACUGCGUCAUCCUUUAACCCGUCCGCCCCGUAAACGCACUAAAAUGCCAAAUGCUUUGUGAAGGAAGGUCACGUGUCAUAAUGAGCUCCGCCCACUCGCUUGUGCGCUAACUGAGGCCUCGCGCCAGCCUUCCUCCGUUGUUUGCUCGGCUUUUAUUUAUACUAAAAUAAAGAUGUUAUACAAGUUGUCAUGUUCCGUUUUUUAACAAAAU